GAGACGAGGGAAGCUCCGUUUCGCCCAGAUCGGCAUUAUAAUAAACAUUCCGCAUCAUGGCUGCCACGGAUGUUGAUGUGUUUUCCAAUGAAGAAAAACGGAACCUUAAUUUGGGUGGACAUGUCGGCUUUGACAGCCUGCCCGAUCAGCUGGUCAGUAAAUCGGUCACACAGGGUUUCUGCUUCAAUAUCCUUUGCGUGGGUGAGACAGGCAUCGGCAAGUCGACACUGAUGAACACGCUUUUUAACACCAUGUUUGAAAACGAAGAGGCUAGUCACUAUCAGAACGGUGUUUACCUGAGGCCGAGGACAUACGACCUGCAGGAGAGCAACGUCCACCUUAAGCUGACUAUAGUGGACACCGUGGGCUUUGGGGACCAGAUCAACAAAGAAGACAGUUACAAACCCAUCGUCGACUACAUCGACACACAGUUUGAGAACUACCUACAGGAAGAGCUGAAAAUCAAACGCUCCCUCUACAACUACCACGACACCCGAAUUCACAUCUGCCUGUACUUCAUCGCACCCACUGGCCACUCACUCAAGUCCCUGGAUCUAGUCACUAUGAAGAAACUGGAUAGCAAGGUUAAUAUAAUUCCCAUUAUUGCGAAAGCUGAUACAAUCUCCAAGAGUGAGCUACACAAGUUUAAGAUUAAAAUCAUGAGUGAACUGGUGAGCAAUGGAGUUCAGAUCUACCAGUUCCCCACAGACGAUGAAGCCGUCUCAGAAAUCAACUCCUCUAUGAAUGCUCAUCUGCCGUUUGCUGUGGUGGGCAGCGUGGAGGAGGUGAAGGUUGGUAAUAAGAUGGUGAGGGCCAGGCAGUACCCGUGGGGGGUCGUCCAGGUGGAGAAUGAGAGUCACUGUGACUUUGUGAAGCUGAGGGAGAUGCUGAUUAGGGUAAACAUGGAGGACCUGAGAGAGCAGACCCAUGCCAGACACUAUGAGCUGUACAGACGCUGUAAACUAGAGGAGAUGGGCUUCAAAGACACUGACCCCGACAGCCAACCCUUCAGUCUCCAGGAGACGUACGAAGCCAAGAGGAAAGAGUUUCUGAGUGACCUGCAGAGGAAGGAGGAGGAGAUGAGACAGAUGUUUGUCAAUAAAGUAAAGGAAACUGAAGCAGAACUCAAAGAGAAGGAGAGAGAGUUACAUGACAAGUUUGAGCAGCUGAAGCGAAUGCACCAGGACGAGAAGAAGAAGAUUGAGGAGAAGAGGCGGGACCUGGAGGAGGAAAUGAACGCGUUCAACAGAAGGAAGGUGGCAGCAGAGACCCUGUCGCUCUCCCAGCCGCUGAAGAAAGACAAGGACAAGAAAAAUUAAUUUAUGAGCACAGCAUCCCAGGCUGAACGUGGAUUUGUCUCCCAUCACCAUAGAAACGCCAGCGUUUGUGUUCUGACAUUGUUUCCAUCUUGACAUUGUGUAAACGGACCAAAGACACUGUGGGGACGCCACACACACAGAUGCAUUGUGGGAACUUACAUACUUAUUGUGUGGCCAUUUCCUUCACUAGGACCAUUCAGGUUUAAUUAGUGUA